GCGAGGCGAUUGACUCUUGGGCGAAGUUCCCUAGUGGAGGGGGAAGCGAUGCGGUCCCUUCUCUCCACGCUGGCUGUCUUAUGUAUCCAGAUGUUGCUGGUGAUGUGCAAUCCAUUGCAGCAGGUGUUUGGCGUGGAUGGGGUUAACUUCAGCGUGCACGUGGAGAACCAGACCCGGGUGAGAGACGCUAUGAGCCGGCGGCACCACCGGGUCUACCAGCUCUACAGCCGCACUAGCGGCAAACACGUCCAGGUGCUGGGGAGACGCAUCAGUGCCCGCGGAGAGGACGGAGACAAAUAUGCCCAGCUUGUAGUGGAGGCCGACACCUUUGGUAGCCAGGUGAGAAUCCGUGGCAAAGAAACCAACUUCUACCUGUGCAUGAACCGCCGCGGCAAGCUGGUGGGAAAGAAGGCCAGUAAUAAAAGUGAAGACUGCGUGUUCGUGGAGAAGGUUCUAGAGAACCACUACACCGCAUUGAUGUCAUCCCGCUACGCAGGCUGGUACGUUGGCUUCACCAAGCGGGGGCGACCUCGCCGCGGCCCCCACACGCUGCCCAACCAGCAGGACGUCCACUUCAUGAAGCGCUUCCCGCCCGGGGAGUACCCUGAAACCACGCCCUUCCGCUUCACAACGGUCAACAAGAGGAGCAAGAGGGUCCGUGCCACCGGGCCCCGCUAGCAGCUAACGCAAAUGGCUACCCUCCAUCUGCUGCCCAUUGCCACCUGUACCUGCUUAUUCAGUAAUCGCUAACGGGAUAACAUUGACCCUUCCUCUGGACUUUAAUACAUGCYAAUUAGCUAACCUGAAGCUAAUCGCUGACGGGAUAACAUUGACCCUUCCUCUGGACUUUAAUACAUGCUAAUUGGCUAACCUGAAGCUGAUCGAUAGUGGGCCAGAGAUACACCCAGACUCCUGACCCCACCUAACGCUUCCUGCUACUGGGAUAACAUGUACCCUCCUCUGGACCCUGAUUGGUAGUUUUACUAAAUGUGCUAGUGCCACAGUACAUCCACUAACGUGACCCUUGACCCUGCUAAGCCGUCACUGCCCCAGGCUCCACGAUCUCUGUCCAUUGACUGAAGGCCACUAGCUCAUAACCCUGCUAUCACAACUAGCCCAUCAACCUGGCCCACUCCCCUGCCAGGCCCAGAAACUAUGACAAGGCCCCUGAAAGCUAGCUAAACUGAUGACCAGGCUUUCCAACUUGUGUAGGCCUUGUUUCCCCUCCAACCUCCAAGCUUGAACGUAAUGGUGCUAUUGCACUGUCACUGGCCAGUUCAUCUCUAGUUUAGAACGGACAAACAAAAACCGGCCACUUUGCUGGUUUAUCAAGCAGCCAUGCUUUAAGGUAAACACUAUUGCUCUGCUAAACAAGAAUGAGUUCAGUGUGUUCUCGAAACUGCGGGUUUAAACUCCUUUUGAGGGCUAAAAUGUAGCUAAGCUAGCUACACUGUGAUAGCCCCAACCUUACUCACAGGCUUGGACCAGUACAACUAUCUGACGCUGUCCAGGACUCACUGGAUGAUACCCACUAAUGGACCAAAAGACAGAGACAGGAGAGACAGACAGAUGGACAGACUGAAAGUCUAUGAGACAGUGGCGUCAUGCGAGAAACUGUGGAGCAACAGGUGGACAAACAACACGAGGAACACAGGAAGUCAGUGGAGUGGGGAUCAAGCCACAGUCAGGGACUAGACAGAAUGGCACUGUGGAAAAAUGGACAGACUGCUUUGACGCACUUCUCUCUGUCUCACCCCCGCCUUAGUGAGAAGAAUCUGUCAGACUUGGGGUGAAUGAAUGUGAAUGUAUGUACAGUAUGUGAGUGUAAGGGCACCAAAGAACAUUUGGGGGGAAUCUGGAAAGGGACUAGAGGCCUAAAUUAUCCCUAGGCAACCUCCCCCAGCAACUCACUGAAGUGACGGAAGCUUUAAGAACUGGAAUGUACAAACCAAGCUGAACCAAAAACAAACCAAAUCUAAUGACCACCAAAGACAACUGGAGACCAGCACCAUGACACCUCCCCAAUUCCCACUGCCAGGACAGAAUACCCUCUUCUUAUAGGCUCAGAGGGUGAUGACGGGCGCGUGGGGGAAGGGUGCCUUCUCUUCAUAUAUGCGUUGCUAUAGAAACGACCCAGGGGAUGACGCUCCUGUGCGAUACCAUGGAUACAGAAUGCUGCUACCAGGACAUUCAGUGAAACACCAAAGUCUUAUACACAAAAUAUAAAGGGAACAAUUUAUUAAAAGUUAUAUAAAGAUGACAAAAAAAACUAAAUAAGCGAUCUUUUUAUGAUUGUUACUAUAAUUGUUGAUAUUAUUAUUAUAAAAUUAUUUCUUUUAUUUAUUUCAGCUCUGUGUGCAGCAGUCUUUCUCGAGUCUGUAAACCUGCUUACAGAAACAUGUCUACUGUGUCAUAAAGCAUCUAUACACAGCACAGGAGGUUGGUGGCACCUUCAUUGGGGAGGACGGGCUCGUGGUAAUGG